AUGGCGGUCGACGAUACCCUCAAGCCGGCGCGCGUUCGCGGUCUUCUCUUCAUUGCAGGAAUCUUUCUGGUCCUUCUCCAAGCGGGUCUCUAUGCAGGACACCGUCAAGCAGUUGCUCCGUUACAGAGCACAGUGCAAAUCAAGCCCGGGUCGACUAUUACCGAGCACCCAAUUCCUAGGCUCAUGACACAGGCAGAAGACAAGUUCAGAAACUUGUUAAAAAGGCAGAGCAAGACACUCUCUGAGGCAGUUGCAGAAUACAGGAGGAGAUACGGUCGCGACCCGCCGAAAGGCUUUGACGAGUGGUUUAAGUUCGCCAUGGAAAAAGGCGUCAAAAUUAUUGACGACUACGAUGCAAUAACGGAGGAUCUUCUUCCUUUUAUGUCGCUUUCUGGUGAAGAGCUACGAAGAAAGGUCGACCAGGUCAGCCAUCUACCGUCGAUUGACAUGGUCCGGUUAUACAAUGGAACAGUAAAGGCCAUGAACAUGCAACAAAACAGGUGGCAAGAUGAAGAAGUCAGCAGUCGUGCGAAUGGUUUUAGACGAAUGAUUGAGAUGGAGACAGGGUACCUCCCGGACAUGGAUUUCCCAAUAAAUAGCAAGGCAGAAGGUCGAAUCCUCAUUCCUUGGGAACACAAGCAGUACCCCGAAUUGAGCGUCCAGGAUACUUCAGGUGGUAUUGGUGCAGCUCGCAAACUAUUCUCUUCUAUCAAGACUUUGGCGCAAGCACCGCGGGCAGUAAACUUCCUAGGCUACGUUAAUGGCAAGCCGCCAGCAUCUGCUAGUGAAAAUUUAACUUUUGCCGAGAGCGUCGACGACAAGUACGAUUUUUGCGAAAAUCCGUCGCAGCAUUAUCAACAAAGACAUUUCUUCUCCGACUGGCGCACCAUUUCUGUACUUUACCCAGUUUUUUCACCAGUAAAAACACAAGGAUACGCGGAUAUCCGGAUUCCCAUUUCAUGGGAUAACAAAAAGGACGUUAUCUUCUGGAGAGGUGCGACGACCGGGGGCGGCAACUCGCCUUCCGGGUUUGCCGCACAGUAUCAGCGUCACAGGUUUGUGCGAAUGACGAGUUCACACAGUGAUGAAAAUCGUACUGUCGUGUUCCCAGCUCCAGACGCGUCAUCCUACAUAUCAGCAUCUGUCCCUAUCAAAAAGCUGAACGAAGAGCUUGCUGUCCCUCUCAGCGAGCAUUGGAGGUACAAGUAUCUCGUAGAUGUCGACGGUAUGGGCCACUCCGGGCGGUUCUUCUCCUUCCUUGCAUCGGAUAGUGUGGCUAUAAAGGCCACUGUAUAUCAAGAGUACUUCUCUGACUGGUUGCAACCCUGGUUGCACUACAUCCCCCUCUCGCAGACGUAUGAGGAACUCUACAAUAUCUUUGCGUUCUUUUCAGGGCCAAUGCAAUCCAUGCGAGAGGCAUCAAACUCUUCGUUACCUGAUUCGCGGGAACGUUAUGAUGAUGGCCAACGCCGAUUGCGGCGUAUCGCCCGUGCGGGGAAGCACUGGAAGAUUACGAUCGGACGGCCAGUAGACAUGGAAGGCAAGUUCUCUUUUAUAUCUUUUUUCUGCGUUAACCGAGCAAUGUCUUUCCCCCGCGUUGCUCGGGAGUCGAGACCCAGUUUACUGAUGACCCCUAUUUGUGAUCUUUCUGUCGCUAGUUUACAUAUAUCGCCUGGCUCUAGAAUGGGCGAGGCUGUGGGCACCAAUUUACGUUUCGGCUGUGUGCCGCGGCAGAUGACGGCUAUUACACGUGUUCCCCGUGCGCUUUCUUCGCAAGCUCAGAGUUCAAAGAACGGGUUUCUCUGCGCCAGCUCAUCGUCCUCUCGAGAGACCGAGUCGAUCUGA